AUGCCGGCAAGGAAGAACCACGCACCCAACUCGAACACCCCCCUUUUCAUAGUCAACUCAUCAGCCAAGAUCGACCCUGCAUCCAGGAAACAAAUCCGCAGCCAUGUCAUGCAAGGCAAAAAUCGAAAGCGGGCCAGUCAGAAAGACAAACCCCUGAUUCGCUCCUGGAUCAACGACUGCCAAGUCGCAGACUACUCUCCCAAUUCGAUUUCCAUCCCACCACGAGUCGGCAAUGACCUAAGCCACGUUGUAUUCAUAACCCCGCUGGCACCCUACAUGCAGGAACUCAUGUUCCAGUUCUUCACAGUCAUCAAACAAUCCGCCUAUCCCGUCGAGACCUGCGUCCAGCCAGACGGUCGUCAGUGGGUGGAAUACCUCACCUAUGACGAAGCUUACCUUCACUCGGCCCUAUUCUCAACCAAUGCCUUCUUCGACUGGCGCCGCUCAGCAAAAUUUGGCAAUGUUACUCUGCAACACCUUACCACAUGCAUUUCCCGCCUCCGACAGAACCUCCUCGACGCCUGCCUCGCAACUUCAGAUUCAACCAUCACCACCGUGAACACCCUAGCCAUGAUGGCUGACCUAUUCGGCGACUACGACAACGCACGGAAACAUCUCCAAGGUCUUUCCAAGAUCGUCGAGGUCCGAGGAGGAAUAAAAGCACUUCAAUACAACCCCCAACUGCAGUCAAAGAUACUGAGAGCCGAUCUUGGCCUGGCCCUGUCGACCGGUGUAAAGCCGCUGUUUUUCUCGGAGGGGUUCUCCUGGGAGCCUUACUUAUCCUCUCAACCACAGUCCACCUCAUCCAAACCAACCGGGGCACCAGCAUGGGACAUGUCCCUCGUCACUGACCCUCGCCUGUUGAACGUCUACCUUGACCUCCGGGAAUUCUCUCGCGCGGCUAAUCUCGCAAAGCAGAUAGGCAGCAAGAUCGGGGCGGCUGAGUAUCUUGAGACGCUGAUCUCAGUGCAGUACAGGCUGUUGGCUUUACGUCAUGAAGACGGUCUGUCGAUGACGGCAGAGGAAAGACUGUUGAGUGUGGGUAUGUUGGCUUUUACCACUACAACAUUUUUGCAUGUAAAGGGGUUGCCGUUCAAAUUCCCUCAUCUGCAGGAGCAGGCGAGAGAAUGCCUUCAGAAUCUGGAUACCAAAAAACAAAGCGGUAACCUAAGGUUGUGGUUUUUGUUUGUGGCGUAUAUAUCGGCGCUUGGUAGCCACGGGACAGCGGAGAAUGGAGGACUGUUACUUGAGAAGGGAAGGGAGAUUGUGGAGGUGAUGAAAGGUGAGAAGAGUGAACUGGGAUGGACUGACGUGAGGGAUAUCUUGAUGGAGGUUGUGUGGAUUGAUUGGGUGCAUUCUGAGGAUGGGAAAGAGUUUUUGGACAAGAUAGCAACUACUAUCCAAGUCCUGUGGCUCUCCAACCAUUCGUCAAUCUUCAGCUGGCUUUCAAACUCCUCCAAAAAUAUCAUCCGCACCUCCCCUCGCCAGCCAGCCCACGAAUAGCUUGGAAACCCAGGCCGUCGAAUAACAUUGUUCCCCUUGAACAGGAGAAAAAUAUCGAGAUGCGCGACUGGCAAGCCCUGAACUACGGGAUAUCCAACCUUUAUUGACACUCGCCUCAUGAUGCCUCCCAUGGCUCGGAGCACAUCUGCGUCGUUGCCGAGAGACCGGCCUGAGUAUUGGCGGAUCAAACUACCGUACACUCGUAGAGCAGUGAAGGCAGAUUCCCCUAGAUGAUCCAUGGCUCGGGGAACCACCUGGUCAAAUUGCGCGAGGUUGUCAUUGAGCCUUUCAUGAUAUUCGACCCUGUUACACC